AUUCUCGAUAUAUUUCAACGAUUCGUGACUAUCUCGUCACGUGCAUAGGUGGUUCAAUGGAUCUCAAGAUAGAUGACAGGAGCAAAAUUGCGACAAUCGUGCUCAAUCAACCAGAAAAAAAGAAUGCACUCUCAGGUAAAAUGAUGGUAGACUUACAAGAAAUAGUAUCUAAACUUGAAGGCUGGAACGAGGGUAAGGGCGUUUUGAUGUACGGAUCCAAAGGGUCAUUCUGCUCAGGCGGGGAUCUGGAAACUGUCGGAAAAAUCCUGGAUCCUGAACUAGGCAUCCAAAUGUGCAAUUUUAUGCAGCAAGUCACAACGAGGUUGUCUAAUCUUCAUUUGGUCAGUUUAGCUCUUGUGCAAGGCUAUGCUUUAGGCGGAGGAGCGGAAUUAGCCACUGCAUGCGAUUUCAGACUGAUGACUGAAAAUGCGUGUAUAGGAUUUACACAUGUCAAAUUGGGCGUAUCCUCAUCCUUUGGCGGAGCAUCAAGAUUAGUUAAAUUGAUUGGUCGAAAAAAUGCUCUAGAUUUACUUUUGUCGGGGCGUUUGAUAGGAGCCACCGAAGCAUUUAACUUAAAACUUAGUGAUUGUACGCUCACGGAAAGUACAGCUACAUUAAAGGCAUACGAGUGGUUAGAACGAAGGACAAACAAUCAAUUGUAAUUUUACAAAGACAUCUUCAUCAUAAAAUUCUCAAACAGAAAAUAAUUUGAUCUUUUACUAAGCGACAAAGAAUUGGAAUAGACUGCCAUCUUUAGUUCAAGUUGUUAACAGUGAUGAAUCUGUUUUCACGGUAACCGCCAAUCACUUGUUAUUGCCUUGGUCACAUUUGCUCCGAUUUUCUCUACGGCGAGCGGCCGAUUGAGUAUUUUGUUCAAAAUUGAAUACAAUAUCGAGCAAAACACUCAAUCGGCCGGCCGCCGGCCGAUGG